AUGUCGUCAGCGACUCCUAGUAUUCCUGAUGGAGACUCGCCACCUUUGACGAGAGAGAAAUCCUCCAUGUCCUAUACGUACGACAAUCUCACCGGGUGGAAGAGCGUGCGUGUUCUUCGAAUCGGGAGGGGCAUGUUUCAUGAUGUCAAGAGGCGUCUCCCUUACUAUUGGAGUGACAUUCGUGAUGCGUGGACCUACCGGACUAUUGCCAGCAUCAUACGAAUGUAUUUCGUGAAUAUGCUUCCGGCUAUCGCAUACACGCUGGACAUGAAUCGCCGGACUGGCCAGUUCUAUGGAAUCAACGAAGCGCUCUUUUCGUCUGCGCUGGCGGCGAUGGUGUUCAGUCUUCUUGCCGCACAGCCGCUGACCAUUGUUGGCAUCACCGGUUUGAUUUCUCUCUUCAACUACACCAUCUACGACAUCAUCAUAAUCUACAACCCAUCUAUUUAUCCGCAAUUCAUGUGCUGGGUGGGGAUCUGGGGGGCGAUCUUCCACUGGAUCGUUGCGUUAUGCAACAUGUGCGAUUAUAUGCGUUACGUGACAGAUUUCUCCAGUGAAGCAUUCGGCUUUUAUGUUGGCACUAUCUACAUCAGCAAGGGCAUCGAGGAGUUGAUCAGUGAGUUCACCAGCAGAGGACCUACUGCUGGAUACAUGAGUACUAUGAUUGCGAUCCUCUACUUCUUGACCAUCUGGGCACUGGAGGGCAUUGGAUCGAGCACGAUCUGGCGCCCUGGUUUCCGGGGAUUGCUGGCGGACUAUGCAUAUGUGAUCGCAACGAUUUUCUGGGUCGGGUUCUCGCACAUCCCUGGCCCGCUUAAAGCGGCAGAUGUAACUCGCGUCCCCAUCAGCAAAGCUUUCUACCCCACGCAGCCGCGAAGCUGGGUCGUUCCGUUCUGGGACCUGAGCGCCAAAUGGGUGUUCGCAGCCCUGCCCUUUGGAUUCCUGAUCAUGUUGCUCUUCUACUAUGACCACAACGUCAGCAGCUUGACUGCACAGGCCCGCCAAUUCCCACUCAAGAAGCCCGCUGGCUUCCAUUGGGACUUUUUCCUCCUCGGUUGCACAACUUUCAUUUCGGGGGUUGUCGGGAUCCCGUUCCCUAACGGAUUAGUUCCACAGGCACCCGUACACACCGACUCCUUGACCGUCUAUGAGACGGAUGUCCGUGUGAUCCCCUCCGAAGAAGGCGAAGGAGCCGAGAUUCGACGUCCUAUCGUGAAUGCAACCGCGGUCGUAGAACAACGAGUAUCGCACUUUGUGAUGGGGUUAGCAAUCAUCGGGACCAUGACUGGUCCUCUCCUGAUCGUGCUCCAUACCAUGCCCUCGGCCGUUUUUGCAGGAGUCUUUUUCAUCGUCGGGUGGGGUUCCAUCGGCUCCAACGGUAUCAUGAACAAAGCCUUGCAUGUCUUACAGGAAGAUCGAUUCAUACAGCGUGCUGAACCUCUUAUGAAAGUACGAAACCGCAAGAUUCUGUUGUGGAUCGCUUGUCAGCUUAUUGGUGUCGCCGCCUGCGUUGCGAUCUCUGAAACAAUCGCCGCGAUCGGUUUCCCCGUGUUGAUCAUUGCGCUCAUCCCAUUCAGGGUCUGGAUCAUCCCUAAAUGGUUCUCUCAGGAUGAGAUCAGCGUGCUCGAUGACAUGACGGCCGACAACGAAGCCGUACUGAGCAGUCUAGGUGGAGCGCCCCGCUUUCCUGGGGAAGGCAGGGAAGUCCGGGAGCACGGACUUGAACGCCGGUACUCAGAGCAGAAGAGGGGCGUCAGCAGGCAAAGAGCCGGCAGCAUUCACCGUUGA